UAUUGCCACAGAAGCUUGAUUUUGAAUGGGACCUGGGUUGUAGUUUCACUGAAAAGAGGCUGCAGAUCAAUAUUCUGGCAAAACAGUGGUUUUAUGAUGGCAAAAAGAGCAGGACAAUGUAGUUUCUGAUAUUCAGAGGAUCUGUAUGUAUAUUAGAGUCUCACUUAUCCAACAUUCUGGAUUAUCCAACGCAUUUUUGUAGUCAAUGUUUUCAAAACAUCGUGAUAUUUUGGUGCUAAAUUCGUAAAUACAGUAAUUACUACAUAGCAUUACUGCGUAUUGAACUACUUUUUCUGUCAAAUUUGUUGUAAAACACGAUGUUUUAGUGCUUAAUUUGUAAAAUCAUAACCUAAUUUGAUGUUUAAUAGGCUUUUCCUUAAUUCCUCCUUAUUAUCCAACGUAUUUACUUAUCCAGCGUUCUGCUGGCCCGUUUAUGUUGGAUAAGUGAGACUCUACUGUAUUAAAUACCAAACCUGGGCAAGGAUGAGGAAUGAACGUAAGUACCAACAUAGGAUGAAGGUAUUGGGGUGCCUGGCUAACUCUGGCUUGGUGCGUCUUUUAUCAGUGUUUUUUUUGUUGCAACUUGUGGUGUGUGACUUAACCUGGUCUCCUGUUUGCCUGCCUUUUAUAUCUGCCAGUUCAGUGUGUGUUGUGUGUGUUAAACCUGGUGCUGGUAUUGCUCGGCUUGUCUUAUUGCUAGAUUUGGAAAAUAUUUACUUAAUGGUAGGAAAUGUUUGGGAGAAAGUGUGGACCAUAGCUGUGAUGACCAGGCUUGACUCCCCGCUUCACCAUGAAAACGUGCUGGGUCACAUUCUCUCAGCCUUGGGAGAAUUGGCCAACAAGGUUGCCAUAGGUUGGAAAUGACUUGAAAGCAUGCAACAGGAACAGUUUCACCCAGAAACACAGAAUUGGUUGCUCUGGCUAUUGCUGUGCCUCCUGAGCUGUCCUUUCCUAGAACUGUUUGCCCAGUCUCCUGGGCCAUUCUCUCUUAUCUGCACCGCUGGGAAAGCUCUCUCCUGGGACCCAUGAUGUGUGUCCUUCGGCUGCAGCGGCCACCAAGGAGAAGUCAGUCUGGUGGAGCAACUUUUCAAAAGCAAGGAACACAGGUGGACAGGAAUGCUGCCAAUCAGGUUUGUAUUCUUUUUUUAAAAGAUCUUCGGUCUUUGGUUUGGAAGGAGAAGCCUCGUGGCAAGAGGCAGAUUUUGUAAAGGAUGCAGUGUGGAAAAGAGCUUGACACAAAUAGACUGAGUUGAAGGCUGAAAAGUUAUGCAUGAGCGCCAAGGAUCUCAGAUUGUAAUGUUUAGUUUCUCUGCAUGUUCUCCCAGUGGGUAACUUUUCUUGAGCUCUGCGUCUGUCGCCUUAAGCACAGCUGAGUUCAAAGCUCCACUCAGCUGAGAAUCCCAUUGGACAGCCUUGGGGCCGGUCUGCCUUGCAGGAUGUAUGUCAACUUACGUUCUGUAUUGAAAAAGUGGUGUGAAAGUGGCAGCUAUGAUAAAUUAACUUGUAGAUUUUCUGACUCUUUAGAGCCCUUCGGGCACCUUGAAGAAAAGCAAAUUGAGGAUCGCUGCAGAUUCCUAGGAGAAGAAAAAUUUACAGCAGUGAUGGAAAAUGUCUUGGCUUCCAGUCGGCACUGGACUUCGUGUUCCAUCAUCCCUGGCGAGUUAGAUGGGGUUGCAGGUUUCAAAUCUAUGGGUUUCCCCCAUCCAUCCUUCAAAGGGCACCAAUAAGGUUUCCUUGAGGAACAAGUGACAAGCGCAAGGCUGCGUGAGUGGCUGAGUUAAUCGUUAACCUGAUCUGCCUUCCUUCACUGCCAGAUGGCCAACUCACACUCCAUGAGAGAGAGAUCUCCAUCUUCCAGGCUCCGCUCCAGCUGUCUUCUCUGCGCCAUGUGCCUGCUGUUCCCUUUUGCCGUGAUUGUAGCCGCCUUGGGGGGGCUGCAACUGGCUGAAGCCCGCAAGUCUGAGCCCCUGAGCGGUUCCGGCGACCAGCCCCUCUUCCGUGGGUCAAACAUGAACGACUUUGCUAUUGUCGUUCCAGCCGGCGGCAUCGAGUGCUUCUGGCAGUUUGCGCACCAGAGCGGCCAGUUCUACUUCAGCUAUGAGGUGCAGUGGAGCUCCGGGAUCGGCCAAGACAGCAGGCAUAUCCUGGCCACAGCCAACGACCCCAACGGCCUUCAUCUUGGCACCUCGCAGGACAUCCGGGGGCUGAUCCACUUCCACACUAUGGAGACAGGGUUCUACCAGCUCUGCCUAAGCAACCAGUACAACCACUUUGGGUCGGUCCAGGUCUACCUCAACUUCGGCGUCAUCUACGAGGGAUUUGACCUAGAGGACACGCCGGAACUCGAGAGACAGAGGCUCAACGACACUUUGGAAGCCAUUGAUGAGAGCACCCGGAAGCUGUUGCUGCAGGUCUUCCACAUGUGGCGGCACUGCAGCAUCUCCCGCAUGAAGAGCACCUCCGACUUCUUCCUUCUCCAGUCCAACCUCAAUUAUGUCAACUGGUGGUCUGCCGCUCAGAGUCUAGCCAUCAUCCUCUCAGGCCUCCUCCAGCUCUAUUUCCUCAAGCGCUUCUUCACCGUCCGGACCACAACCGACACCCACAAGCCACGCUGCUGAAGACCAGGUGCUUGGCCUGGCCCCACUCAACCAUCUCCUGCAGGCCCCAAAAGGAAGGCGGAGCCCUGAAAUACCAGGAAAGGGCUAAGGGCAGUGCUUCCGUACAUCUUGGCUUGGCUUUCAGGGACCAAAUUGGAACGAUCCAGGCACCACUGUGAUAACUGAAAGGGACUGACUCACCUGCUCUCCAUCCACAAUAAAGCUGGUCAAGAUAAAAGAGCA